AUGGAGGAAAAAAUACAGCGAAAGGAUGCCCAAAAAUAUUUCAGGGCGCAAAAAGCUGAAAAUGGACUUGAAACUCUAGUUGUGCGUGAGUUUGAGCUGGAAGAUAAACUGGAGGUGCAGCAACUCUUUCAUGAUGGGCUGAUGGAAAUGGUAGCAGACACUGCCUUCAGAGGCUUGAGGCAUCACCCAGAGAGCCUCCUGCUGUAUGCAGCAAUGACAGUUCUAUGUUAUGUCAUCACCACGUGUUGGUGGGUGAUUCUACUCCUCCCUGCAAGUUUACUGUAUGGCCGCUACUUCUACAGCAGACGCAUGAUGCUUCGCUUUCUGGAGCACGCCAUGAGUAAUGACAUGGGAGACAUCGAAGGGUUUUACAUGAAAUCAAGUUCCCGUCUGUGGGUGGCGGUGCUGCGGGGCAAAGUGGUGGGUAUUGUGGCGGCAGUCGGCCAGCAGCAGUCGGGCGGCGCUGUUGAGCUGCGGCGGAUGUCUGUCGCCCGGAGCUAUCGGCGGUGUGGAGUCGGCCUGGCACUGGGACAAAAGCUUGUGGAGUUCGCUGUCACUCACAAAUAUCCCUCCGUUGUCCUGGGAACUACGUCGUACACGUCCGCGGCCCACCGACUCUACCGGCGCCUGGGCUUCCACCUGGUGGGGUUCACUGAUGGGUACGUCACCCCUGGGGUGAGAUGGUGCUCACUGGAAGGGGUCUUCUAUCGAGUCCGUCAUCAUCACUACAAACUUGAUGUGCAAGAGGAAUCACUGGAUCACUGA